UAGUUCUCGUUCGGCCCGCCUUGUGCUCCAAAGUGGGUGAAUGUGUUGUUUUGCAGAACGCAGACUACCGGGUGCUAACCAUUCAGAGCAGGGACCGAGAGCCUCUGGAAGUUGCAGCGUGUAAGGUUGAUUGGUCUGAUGGGCGGAUAUUUCCUGGGGCUGCUUACAGAAUGUGAUGAGGGUGAAGACGCAGUGUGCAGAAGUGACUGACGCACUGGAGACAGGUACCCGAGAACAAGCGGCAGCUCUCGCAUUUUUCUCUACCAGUGACUCUCACUCUGGAGCUGGGCUUUGGGUUAACCAGCCGCAAUAUUGCUCACCUCCAGAAACACUGAUCACCCAUAAACGCGCGCGCACACACAAACACACACGCACAGAGAGAGAGAGAGAGCGAGCGAGAGAGAGAGAGAGAGAGAGAGUCAGCCACACUGUGAGCGGAAUGCAGCAAAUAUCGCAGUGGCUGCCGAGAAGAAAUACUGGUUCGCCUUUAUAAAUUGCCGGGACUGCAAGAUUCUUCGCUUCUAAUGUGUGUUUGGGAUGAUGGGCUCCUUUCCUCUUUCUCUGGGUUGCCUUUUUGUCUUCUGCGCUCAACUGGGGAUUUCAUCCCAAGCGCAAUUCACUGAAUUCCCCGGAAGUGUAACGGCUAGAGAAGGCGACAAUGUGGAAAUGGCUUGCGCAUUCAGAGGCAGCGGCUCCCCGUCCUAUUAUCUGGAGAUCCAGUGGUGGUUCAUUCGCGUUCCCCUGGAGCCGGAAUACAGCCCAGAAAACAGCCAAAUCCAGUUGGACACUUUGCCACAAAGCGAAAUGAUCAACGACGAGACGAAAAUAAGUACAGUGAAAGUGAUGGGCAGUGACAUCUCCCAUAAACUUCAGAUCUCCAAAGUGCGGAAGGAUGACGAAGGCCUCUACGAGUGCCGGGUGACCGACGCCAACAAUGGAGAGCUACACGAGUACAAGGCUCGGGGGCGACUCUACGUGAACACGAGCUAUGCCCGGGCCCUACAAGCUCUCGAACCUCCGCCGUUGUCCCUGCACGACGGCAAAGGUUUGCGGAGUCCCCCCGCUGCGGCAGGCCUUCCCAGCGAGCGUCCGGGCCGCCGGUCCCCGAGCAGCAGAGAAACGAAUGAAGGGCAGGCGGGGGCAACGUCAAGGCCGGCAGCCACAAACCUCAGGCAGAGCGCCACAUCCACAUCAGGGACGACGAUCGUAGCUGCAAGCGAUGGACUAGGUGUCCUGCUUCUAUUUUGUGGCUUUGUGAAGGAUGCUUUGCUAUAGUCUUAGUGCUGACUUUUCCACUAUCACUUUCUCUUAAAGCAAAGAGCGAAUGGAUGGUAAAAAUCCACGGACUGGACUGCACAAUCGACUUUAAACCCUUCUGCACCUAAUGCACUGUAAUUCUCUAGAAACGAGAGCCCCCUAGAGAAGAGCAAAGCAGAGAAAUAAAGCACUACAUGACGGCAUUGCUCAGGAGAUUUACAGCAAAUGGAUUUGAUGACGAUAAUGAACAACAGAUGGGCAAUCCGUGUGCAAGAUUUCAAGCGUAGGGGCGUCCCCUGACGCAAUUACGCACUAGGAGAACUCCGGUACAACUAAUGAAUCGCCACGGUGCGAGGCAACUCAACGUACGUUCAAGGUUUUAACUGCACCCCUCCAUCUUAAUCGACCUUCGAUGAUUUAAGAAGUCUUAAAGCCAUCCUAAGUUUUCACUGUAAAUGUGUGCAGGAUUCUCAUCGCAAUAGAGACACCUUCAGGACAGUGCGACCAUGCUCAACAUCUGGAUACAGUAUUGCAUUCUCUUCCUGUACUAGUUUGAUAUAACAAUCCAUUGGAAUCUCCUGUAUGUGCAGAUGCGACCUAACACAGAUAAUUUGCUGCUUCUCAGUGUGCUGUCAUUAUUAUCCUUCCCCACAGAGGGCCCGAAGCUCUCGAUGUCAUUCCGAUGCAGUUGUAACACCAGUACUACUUUAUUUUUACAACUGGUUAAAUCUAAUUUUAAUAAUGCGACACUGUGUGAUCCGUUAUUUUUUCACUUCUAUUAACAUAAUCAAUCAGAGCUCUGGACAAUCUCCCUUUACCGAAAUGCAAGUUGUGUAUCUAAAACAAUUUUGGUACGGUCUGUGAGUGAACGACACACAAACAGAAGCUUAUGGUAUAUUGUGAGUGUUUUAUUUUUUAAAAAAUGAAAAUGAGAAAAUAAUUGAUAAUUAUAAAUCGCGUUGACGUUGACUGGGUUAUGUUUAAUUUCUCUGUAAUAAAAUGUCAUCUUCGUGUAACCCGCCCUCGCCUAAUCCCAACACGGUGAAAAUUAGACUGCAGAGAUGCCAACCGAAUAUAUUAUGUAGAGACUAAAUCACUUGAAAUUAAACAAAAAAAUCAAGGACAAUGUUCUAUUAUUUUUCAUUUCAUUUGCCUUUGUUUCCAUUCGCAAAGAGAAACUCCUGGUGGGUUUAAACAUCAAAAUUGAACGUGCAAGUUUUAAGCCCCGCCCCCAGUCGCCUGUGUAAAUAUAAUCCCCUCACCGUUUUUUUAUGUUGUGCUAGCGGUUAUGAUGAAAUUAGCGAUGGAUCAUCAGUUUCUCAAAGUAAUUUGUUUAUCAACCGUGUACAGUGUAGGGAAUAUUUUCAAUGCAGCCAGGAAUUCUCACAACGGGAGCCGAGCUUCAUACAAAAGGUGAGGACUGAAUUUAUUGCUCGAGUGAGUCACAGCAAAGUGUAUACGGUUUCUGGCCUCAAGGUGUCUGUUUGCAUCGUGUCUUAUUUGCAUGGGAUUGUAUACAUCGGUAACACAGGCGGUUGCUGAGGGAAUGCUGCACUGUCAGGGGUAGUAUCACCAUUCGGAAGAGACAUAAAUCAAGUCCUCUUUCGCAGGCGGAGUUAAAAGAUGCAAAAGAACAACUUCAGAAGUGGUGCAUGGGAGUUAACCAAAUGCUCCUAGAUCAAUAUAACUAAAACAGGUUUUCUGAUUAUUAAUGUGGGAUUUUACUGUGCAUAAAAUGGACACCUCCUUUAAAGAACAAUAUUGACGGCCCUCCCUGAAACUUUAACUGCCUACAAAGUAGGUGAGGAUUGAAGGUCACUUUAUAUAUGGAAGCAUUACUCUUAACACAGCCCAGAACAAUACAAAUGGAUGUUACUAAAUUGGUAUGGUUCUAUGCAGAAUUAUGCAAUGGCCCUUUUAUCUUUCAAGAUAAAAUAUGUGAUCACCCAAUUUGUAAUCAAAUCAGCACUAUCUUUAUGAAAGUGAAAAUGGCAGAUUGUUUUCUUCAUGUGUUAAUCAACCUGAUGCUAGCGAACAGAUAUUUGCUGUAUCUAGUACGGUACAGUUAUCUGAAGCUCUCAGAAAACUUCAUGAAGACAGCACUCCAUUAAUUGGUUUGAUCUCUGACAUUUUGGCUAUGAAUAAUCAAUUUAAACAGAUGAGUGAUUUUCAGAAGUGCUGAAAAUUCAACAUGGUCUACAGUCAGCUGUUUUACGGAAGCUUUGAAUAAUGUCUGCAGCUGGAAUUGGUUCAAUAUUUGUAAAAGUAGAAGAAAAAUAAAAUAACGGGGUAACAAGGUAAUUCACUAAAUGAAAGGCAUCAACUUGAAAAUAUACAAGAUCUGAUUGCAAUGCUGAUAGCAGAGCUGAUAUUUCCAAUCAUCCAGCUCAUUGCACAAUUGAAGUUUGUUUUUGUCAUCAUGUAUUCUGUAUUCUUCUAAUGCUGAUGGAAUGGAGUUGUGUUAAGCUUAAGAGGGGAUAAACUUCUCACCACUCACCCAAGAUUUCUCAUGAGCCUAUCACAUCAAAUAGAAGAGCCAGAGCUUUAUUCAAUUUUUAAUUGGUCCUCUCCAUUUGUUUGGUUUCAGGGAAAAACAUUCUUAAUAUGUUUUAAAUAUGUUAACCAGAAGUCAUUUAUGCCAAUUGGACAAGCUCUCAGUCAAUAUUUUGAAUUAUGAUGUCAUCUGUGUUUCAUCUGGUAACAAUAAUACUGAUUCGGUUUUUAACUUCCACUAUUGAAACUUCUGGGCCGAGCUUUGGCCUGAUACUCUGAGGACUGUUUGAAGUCCUCUCCUUGGGUAGUAAAUUGACUACUCUCACAAAUGGAUGCAAAAGAACCUUUGACUAUUUUGAAAGGUAUGUUGAGUUUUCCCUCAUGUUCCACUCAAAAUGAUUGAUUAAAAUGUAGAUUUGGCUGUUGUUAAAGUUUCUGCAAUUAUCCUGUGAAGAAAUGUGCAGUUGUGUGUUUUAUACUGAUAACACUUCAAAAUCACUUCUUUGUUUGCAUUUGAAAUGCAAAUGUGAAUGCUGAAUAUCUCAAAUUAAA